CGCAUCACCUCGUUGACGCCAUUGUCCGUCUGAAUUUGAAUCACCCAUGGAUCGAUACACAUACACACCACUCAAUGCCGCUAAGGCCGAAAUCAGACUCAUCAUUCUGCUGCCUGGUGGCUUCUCGGACGACAUAGAAAUAGAAAUCUUCCACGUGGAAUCGAACUACCCUGAGGAAGAGAAAAACUACGAGGAGAGAUCAACGAAUCUUGAACGAACGUUUGAGCUCUUACAAGUCGGAGAAAGUAGCCGCACUCCCUCAUAUGAAGCUGUCUCCUACGCGUGGGGCUCUGAAGUCGACCCAUAUUUCAUCUCCAUUCGUGACAGGGGACGGCUUGACUCUAAUAGUUUGCCAGUUACACAGAAUCUAGCGGAGGCUAUGAGGUAUCUACGGAGAGAAGACGAGGCCCGCAUUCUCUGGAUUGACGCCGUUUGCAUUAACCAGCAAGAUUUGAUUGAGAGAAGUGUCCAAGUUGGAAGGAUGGCCGAUAUAUUCAGAAAUGCCAAGCAGGUUGACGUGUGGCUUGGCCCAGAAAGCGCCAGUAGUGACGUUGCUGUCAAUCUGGUGCAUGCUGUGGCAGCGGACCUUGUGACCGCCAGGAAUACGAAGGACACGGCUUCCCGCACCGUUCUACCCGGCUCGGAAACAGACAAGCUUCUCGCCAACCGAGAAGCUCUGCUCCCAAGAAUCAAGGCUCUGAAAGAGCUGUGUCAACGGCAAUGGUUCACUCGACUCUGGAUAUAUCAAGAAUACCACCUGGCUACUGCCGCCAUUGCAUACAUAGGGACGAGAACUUUGGAUAUGCGAGACCUGUACAAAGUCCUUCGCUUCAUCUAUGUGGAUCAACCGGGGAGGCUGGUAUCGCUGCAAAUAAAACUUACGGCAUUUGGUCGCGCGGCAGAUAUCCUAAAACCUAUCCAGCGGAAGACGCGGCCAUUAUUACUUGCUAGAAGGUUGAAACGCUCCCUCUGUACCGACGAGAGAGAUCGAGUAUACGCCAUCCUGGGUUUAAUCCGUAGCGAAUACCGAGUUGAGAUUGUCCCCGACUAUACGAAAUCACUGCAGGAGGUGAACAAAGAGCUUUUCAAAUGUAUGAUGAAAUUACAACACACUGCGCACAUGGCGGGAAGCUUAGAAGAACGCCAAUGCGGGCAGCCUUCAUGGGUGCCCAAAUUAUCACAAACUCUAUCGUCAUUUGGACUGCGUAGUGCAUCUGGACGGUCUAAACAUGAGAUUUUGUACGAGAGAGCAGAUGAAAGUCUACGAUUGCCAGCGAAAGCAAUUGGUACCGUUACCGCGAUUUGGUUCGACAUCCCCCCGAAACCCUCUUUUGGUCGCAGUGCUCUCGAAACGUUUCGCGCUCAUGCGCACUCAAAUCUGCUCGAUAGUGUCUACCCUCUGGGUGGUGAUAUGUUCGAUGCGUAUGUCUGUUCGCUAGCCGGUGGUAGAUACCUUGAGAAUCAUGAACUUCCUUCGCAUCUGCCACUGCAAGAACUCCGGAAUAUUAUUCAAGGUGGGGAUUAUUCUACAGAUACGUUGGAUAAAACUCAAAGUGCUUUCGUUCACGCCAGAGGUCGUGCAAUCUUCUCUACCACAGACGGCUUGAUUGGACUGUGUCCUUUCUGGGGAAAGAUUGGGGACCAGAUCUUUGUGACUCCUGGUGUUAACACAGCUAUCAUUCUAUCCAGCAUCGAGAGUCAACCCAACCAUUACCAACUGAAAGGCGAAUGCUACGUGCAUGGCUUAAUGAACUCGGAAGCGCUGUUGGGUGCGCUCUCCGCAGUAGCUGGGGAGGAUCUUUGGAGCUAUCGGUGGGAAAGGGUUGCAGGUAAUCAUCAGAUCAUUUUUAAAAACGGUGAAUUGACAACUCAAAAUGAUCCACGACUCGGCCCAUUACCAGAAGAUUGGAACAAGAAAUAUUGGAGUGAGGUAAGGAGGCGGUACUACGACGAGGAGUUCGGAACCGACGGUACUAUGAGGGAACUCUAUUUCCAUAAUCGUUCUACCAACAAGUUUUCAUACUUCGAUCCACGAAUGACUUCAAAGGCUCUAAAGAGAAGAGGUGUUGCCUUUGAAGAUAUUAUCAUAAUUUGAGAGCGCAUGGAAAUUGAAAAAAGGGGGUUACGAGGUUACAGCACACCUUCACUUCCCCUUGACUAACGCAGAACACAACGAACACCCAAGAAACAUUAAAUUACUAUUCUCAUACCUCGUCACCGUCUCAUCUAUGUACGCUCCUCCUCU